AUGUCUGUUCAUGGACAAGUUAAAGUUCGAACAUCAGCUGAACAAAAAGCUGCACGAGAACGUGAACGAUCAGAAAAACUUCGAUUAUAUUUAAUACAAUAUGAAUCUAUAUUAAAUAAUCGUUAUCUAAUUGAUAAUAUUAAUCUUUUAAAACAAACAGAAAAUAUUCUUAUUGAUCAUCCUGAUUGUUUUACACUUUGGAAUAUUCGAAGAGAAUCAAUAAUUAAAUUAAAUGAUGAUAAAUUAAAAGAAUAUUUAGAAAAAGAAUUACAAAUAACACAAAUAUGUCUUAAAUCAAAUCCAAAAUCUUAUUCAUGUUGGUAUCAAAGACAAUGGUCUUUAAAAUUAUUAAAAGAUAAAUUUAAUUUGAAUCUUUAUGAAAAUGAAUUACAAUUAUGUAAAAAAUAUUUAGAAUAUGAUGAACGAAACUUUCAUUGUUGGGCAUAUCGUUAUUAUCUUCUUGAACGUCUUUGUCCAUUAUCAUCAUCUGAAUUAGAAGGAUUUUAUGAAAAUGAAUUAUCAUUUCUUCGUUCAACAAUUGGUAUUAAUUUAUCAAAUUAUUCAGCAUGGCAUUAUCGUUCAAAAUAUUUAGAUAAACUUAUUGAUCAUAAUCCAUCUCGUCGUACUUCUCUUUUAUCAAGUGAAUGGCAACUUGUUUUAAAUGCUUUUUAUACAGAUUGUUCGGAUCAAGCUGCAUGGUUUUAUGCUCGAUGGUUAUUAUUUAAACAAAUAGGAAUUGAAUCAAUUAAUCAAGAUGAACAUAUUAAACCAUUAGAAGAACUUGAUGAUAUUGAACCAAAUAAUAAAUGGUGUAUGUUAGCUUUAUGUCAAUUAUGGAAAGAAAAAAAUUAUAAAAAUGAUAAAAGAAUUAAUUAUUUAGAACAAUUAGCUAAUAAAAUUGAUCCUGAUCGAGCACAAUUUUAUAAAGAUCAAAUUUAA